UGUCACUGAGAUGCCAGUUUACACGCCCAUGUGAACUUCUCCGGGCGCUGCUAACAAUUAUAAGUGUUGUAUGAAGUGGAAGAACCGUUGAACUAUUAAAAACUUCAUCGAAUGCAGCGUGUUUGUGCCCGUGAAGUGUGACAAAUCAUGGCAUCCAAAGCGGUUUAUACGCAUAGAGACCCUGUGCUGAAAAAGAGAGAUGACUUUGAGGACAUUUUGGAGGAGAGGAGGAACUCCAGUGACCUGAGAUACGCCCUCAGAUGUUACACUCCUGUUCUUUACAAAGGAAUAACGCCGUGUAAUUCCAGCAUGCUGAAGGGGAUGGUGCUGCAGUCCGAUCAGCUUCACUAUGUCAUCAAUCAGCUGUGUAAGGAGACAGGAAAGGCUACUGAUGACAUCCAGGAGGAGGCGUCCGCUAUCUUGGAGGAGAUGGCUCACUGUCUGCAGCUCAGCACCGUUCGCUUUUUCGCCUUUACGCUCAGCAAGGUGUUCAAAACGUUGUUCAGGAGCAUCUGUGUCAAUGAAGAGGGCAUCCAGAGGCUCCAGCAGGCCAUUCAUGAGCACCCGGUGGUCCUGUUACCCAGCCACCGGAGUUACAUGGACUUCCUGCUGAUGUCAUACAUCCUGUAUACAUACGACCUGGCGCUGCCUGUCAUCGCUGCCGGCAUGGACUUCAUGGGGAUGAAAUUCGUCGGGGAGAUGCUAAGAAUGUCAGGAGCAUUCUUUAUUCGGAGGUCAUUCGGUGGAGACAAGCUCUACUGGGCUGUCUUCUCAGAAUAUGUCAAGACCAUGCUCAAGAAUGGAUUUGCACCAGUUGAGUUUUUCUUAGAGGGGACCAGAAGCAGAACAUCCAAGUCUCUGACUCCAAAAUUAGGUCUGUUGAAUAUCGUCAUGGAUCCGUUCCUUAAAGGAGAGGUUUUUGAUGUAAACCUGGUUCCUGUCAGUAUCAGCUACGAGAGGAUCCUGGAGGAGUCCCUUUAUGCCAGAGAGCUGCUGGGUGUUCCCAAACCAAAAGAGUCCACUUCAGGUCUGUUUAAAGCCAGGAAGGUCCUCAGUGAAGACUACGGCAGUAUCCACGUGUACUUUGGCCAGCCUGUGUCUGUCAGAAGUUUAGCUGAGGGAAAAGUUAACCGCUGCCAGUUCAACUUGGUACCAAGACACAUCCCCAGGAGGCCCGGCGAGGAGGUUCAUAGCUUCGUGAACGACUCGGCUUACAGGCUGGUGCGGGCCCAGGAGGAGAACAUGGUGCUGAAGCCAUGGGUUCUUAUGGCCUCUCUGCUGCUGCAGAACCACCACCAGCAGCAGACAGCAGAAGGAGAGAAACGAGGGAUGGCACUGGAGGAGCUGACUGCACACGCUCUGUGGCUCAGAGACCUUUCCCGGGAGUACGGAGCCUUCCUGCACUGGCCUGACCACACUUCCCCCUCAGAAGUAGUUUCCUCCAGUCUGUCCCUGCAUCGAGGUCUGGUGAGGAUCUGUGAAGGAAGAGUCCAUCUGGCAGUGGGACAAGCAGCAGCCCCAGCAAGCGUGGGAGAGCCUCAGAGCACCAUCACUCCUGAGGAGGAGGUCCUGAGCCAGGCAGUUGUCAUCCUCUCCUGUGUCUCCUACAGGAACCAGGCGCUGCAUGUCUUCCUCAGACCAGCUCUGCUGGCCUCAGCCAUCCACACAGCCUCUUCCAACAACAAACAGGAGGUUUUCAACAGUUUUAGCUUCCUGAGAAACAUGUUUUACAACGAGUUCAUCCUCUGUCCUGGAGCUACAGUGCAGGACUUUGAGGAGGCCUGUUACCUGCUGAUGAAGACCGGAGCUCUGCAGGUUACCCAGCAGGAGGUCCUGGUUACUGAGAGUGGACAGAAAACUGUGACCUUCCUCACCAGCAUGUUAGAUUCUUUCUUACAGGGAUACCAGGUGGUGUGCAGGUUCUUAUGUGAGGAGGCCGCUGACUCUCUGACAGAGAAACAGUUCAUCCCUGCAGUCCGGAAGUUCAUCAUCAAACUCCUCCUUGCAGGUAGGCUGAGGUACUCAGAGGUGUUGUCAUCUGACCUCCAGAAGAAUGCUCUGGCUGCUCUAUUGAGACUUGGAGCUGUACAGAAAGUCAAAGGAGCGGAGCAGGGGCCUUUAAAGGUUAACAAGGUGAUGGUGAACUCAUUGGAAGACACUCUCGGAGGAAAACUCCCAACUCAGAAAGCUGUGUCCGCUCGCCUCUAACUCACCGACCUCAUUAGGGGACUGAAAUGGUUCGAAUCUUUCCACCUGUGUCACCGUUUUUUCAGAGAAAUGCUUUCUAUGAGAGGUGAAACUCAAGAGUUUCCAUCUGGAGACAGCUUUAUUUACUCUUUCUUUAAAUCUUUUUUCUUCACCUGACCUCUCCCUUAUUUCCAUGACUCUUCUACUCAGAAGCUUUUAUACAUGUUGAUAAAACCAGAUGAUGAGUGGAGCCUUUCAAAGCCGUAUCAUAAAGCUUUUUUUGGCUCAUUCUGAAUAACUGACCUUUAGCUACGAGUGAAAGCGUCUGAAUGUGCCAGCUCCUUUUAGGAGAAUAGCCACUCUGUAUUUAUGUGUUUGAUACGUAUCCUCUAACACUCGGCGUGCUUUUUUUUGUGCUGUUCUCAUCUAAGCUUCAGUCUGCCUUUUAACUAGCGCCUAGUCUCGUCUGUCUUUUGUUUGAGCACUUUAAAGUAUUUAUUCACGCAGUGUGGUGUGGGCCUAACUCUCUUUAUACCUACUGUUUCUUUUUUCCCCACAUUUUUUUGAUUUUCUGAAACAAAUAUUGCUAAAACUGGUGGAAAGGAUCUGUUGUUGGGCUACCUUUUUACUUUUGUUUAAAAAAAAGCAUUUUCGUUUGCACUGUAUGAAAGUAGGAAUUAGUGUAUUUGAGUUCAAGUUGCCACAGAGCCCAAACCUACUUGAAGAAAAGCUUUUACCAGGUGUUAAAAUUGGAUUCAAACCACCUUGGAUCAAGCUUUAUAUAAACAAAAAUACUCCAGGAUUCAUUUGUCUUUGUUUACACAGUGGAGAUAAAGCUACAGGCUCAAAGCCAGUGUCAAAAAGUUGCCAAACUCCAUUAAAAAUCUGCAGUUAUGUAAACAGAAACUUCACCAAAGAGAGUUUUAAAUAUAUAUUGUUUUCUGUUGUUUUCUAAUCUUGAAUGGGUUCUGAAGAUGCAUCAGAGUUACUGAUAAUUGUACAUUUUCAAAUAUUGGAAACAUUUUGUUACAAGGGAAAUAGGAAAAGGCAAAAAUAAAGAAAUGUGUGACUUGAAAGUUGGUGGAUCAACAAACCACCUUUGUGGUCACUCAGGAUUAAAGACUCGGUCCUAGUUGUUUUUCCCUGUUUAGACUAGAGUUAAAUCCUCAUUGGAAGUUAUUUAUUUGGUACUUGAUGUCUUUGUCUUUUGAAAUCACAGCUGGUGUUGACAGCAGAUUGUGGUUUUACUGAAACAGUCAGAGCUGCUAAAAUUUUACCUCUUUGGUUGAAUUACAGCGUUACAGUGUCAUUUAGCAGAUGCUUUUGUCCAAAGUGAUAUACAUCUGAGAUUAAGUGCAACACAAGCAAAGACUAGACUGGAGGAAACAACAUCACUGAGUGCCACAAAGUGCUUAAAGUCCAAUCAAACACAUGUGCUACCAUGCAGUGACAAAGGCUAUUCAUAUGGUGUACGGAAGCGUUUUUUUCCUCUUUUAACGAGCAAUGAAACAACAUAUCAUUUAUGUGAGACCUCUCACCAUUAAAUACGAACAAAUAAUGACCACAGUGCUGGGUCACUCACAAAGAAAUGGAUGCAAAAAGCUCCAACAAAACCUAGUUUGAGCAAAGGUUCUUACUUACAGAGUUUAAGGCAGUGGUUUCCAAAGUGGGCCAUGGUCCCCCCCAGGGGGCGCGUCAUAAUGAUGGAGGGUGUAUCAAGGCUAAGGAACACGACUUCAGAAUCAGCAAUGCACAAUGCAGUGGCAGUUUAAGUCCAAGAUGUUGUCUACAUUUUGUAUUGGAGGGGAAAAGGAGUACCCACUGCUAAGCAGGAGAGCCCUGACAACACUCCUCCCUUUUGCAACACCCUACCAGUGUGAGAUUCUGGUUUUCAGAUUUUUCUUCUGUUGCCUCAGUCAAGACAGAAAAAAUCAAAGCUAGUCACUGAAAUUUAACUGAGACUCAAGAAGACCUGUGGCACCAAAUAAGCCCACGAUAGUGACAGGAAUUCUGUAGGACUGGGGGUAUGAAUCUCAAGAGUUAGAUCUUUAAAACUCUGUUUAAGGGCAUGAUUGUUGUAAUCGCUACAAAGGUUUUAUGAGGUUAAAUGUAAAUUACAUUUAAAAAAAGGAAUUUGUUUGCAAUUAUUGUAACUGUUUUCAUCUGCCAAAGGGGGGCCUGACAGAAAGAGUUUGGGAACUACUGAUUUAAGGUGUUGCACCAGUUGAGAUAGUUUCAACGUAGGCUUCAGCAUAGGUUCUCUAUGAGCAGUAAUACUGUUGUUUUCUAUGAGCGGAGAUCAUUUCCACUGGCUGCAGUUUAAUUACCGUGAGUUAUUAGCGAUUUAACCACUUGAUGUCAGUGUUGUAAUUUAUCCUGGCUCUAAGUUCAGGCUUUGGAAAUCACUAAAGGAAAAAUCCUUCGUCAUAUUUUCAUCCACCCUCAUGGCUGUUUGAGGAUUAUCAGCAGUUAGCAUACGUUAUUUUUAGCCGUUAGCAUCUGUAACAAACACGGGGUUAAAAAAAUGCUUUUCAGUGAUUGGUUAAUUUAUGUAAAAAUGUCAUAUCUGCGACAAUAUUUUGGUUAGUUUGGAUGCAAAGCUCUCCUAGUUAAGAUCAACCUUACAUCUCCGUGCUGUAACCGAACAAUGUCACAACUCAAGUUAUAACUGGACUAGUUUUAAAGUUUUGGGGAGUUUAGGGUGGACUUCACACCACAACUUAAGACAGACUGUAUGCUUUGCUGGUGCAACAGGCUGCAAAAGUAGAGCAGUAGUUUGGAGACUCUUUCUACCACUGAGGACAACAGCGGAGAAGAGUCCAGCGUUUAAAGAGUUGAAGUGUUGAAUUAAACUUCGAUAACUGUAGGCAAUGUGUGACCAGGGGAAGGGUUUGGCAAUAAAUGUAAGAAUUUAAGAUAUUUUGAUAUAUUUCCUUGCUCUUUGCUAGUCCUACCCACUUUCACAAAUGCUGCCUAUGUGUUUGAACGGUUUAGACAUUGCUCUUUCUCUCUAGGUUAAAGUCCUUGUAGAGCAGUGAUCAUCAACUUGAGGCCUGGGGGCCACAUCAGGCCCCCCAGGGCUUCCCAUCUGGCCCCUAGGAGAUUAUUAAAUUCAGAAAAUUUGAGAAGGCAAAAAUAUGGCAUAGUGUUGCUUGACUUUUUACUUGAAGCUUUGAUUAAAACCUUCAACCUAGAGACUUAUCAGUCAAGAAGCACACUACUGUUUCUGUAAUUUGGCAUGGUAAACACAUGCUUAUCGUUAUCUUGAUUAAAGUUUUUUUGUUGCAUCAAUUUUUUCCACUCCAGGCUCUUUAAGAGUGCAAUUUCCCCCUCUGAGAAUCUUCACAGAUUUGUUCCUGCACUGAGUUUUUUGGGCCAUAAUGACCCAACAUAUUAACAUUGAACUCAGUGAUAGACAUCAACAGGGCUCCAGAAAUAUGUAGCUAAAAUAUCUCAGUUGCCCCCUUGUGGCUGGCUGCAGUAAAGGGAAUAAUCUCACUGUUUGAGGCUUACAGUUUGAUUAAUUUUUGGAAAGAAAUCAUAUUUUUACAAUAAUAUGUUAAUUAGAAGGGUAAAGGAGAUUUUAUUUUGGUUUAUUUCUAUGUCCAGCCCCCACAGCAUUGGUCAAGAAAAACCUGGCCCUUGUGAAAUUGGAGUUGAGGACUUCUGCUGUAGAGUAAAAUCCAAAACACACUAAUUUAUGUUGGAAUAAGGUUGCUGUAAACAUGUGAAACAGUGAGAUCUACAUGUGACUGAAUUGUUUAGUUUAGACCAUUAUAAAGUUGUUCACAACUUUCCUGGCUUGAUUUUAACUGAGCAGGGCAAAAACAGGGGUCCUUGAUAUUCACCCCGCCCCCCCAACACUACAGUGAUGUAGAAUGACAGAGUAGUUGAUCUCAGUACAGUCUGCUGUGAACUGCCUUCAUUGAAAGUUAACAGCCAGCUACAUGCUGUGGACUACGGGUCAUUAAAGUAUCAUACUGGAGAGAUUUGUGCCAGAAAACAGUAAAUUUAACCCCAACUUCUGUCUUUCUGCUCUGUCAUAGAGCCAGGCAGCUGAGCUCUGUUCAGAAGCAUUUUUAAAAUCUGAGAGGACGUAUUUCUCAUGAGUGGGUGGGGCUUCAGCUCAGUCAACCGACACGCCCAUGCCAGCUAGAGCACAUUUACUGCCCCAUUUUUCAUGAUUUGAAGUUUAAUUUUAACUCUGAGAUGACUGAAAUUUGGCUUUGAUACAGCAACAGAGCGGCAGCUUCUAGCAGCAGUUCAUGCUGACUUUUGUAACACUGAAUAAUUAUGUAGUCAGAGCAGCUCUGCUAUGACUCCCUCUGGCUUCGAGGGAAUGUAAGCACUUAACAAAAAUGAAAAAAAUCUACAUACUGUACCUUCAAACCUCCACAAAAUGAUUCUAAUUUGUAGUGAAAAUCGCCUCCUAUGUCUGUCAGCCAAAUUUAUUAUCAAACAUGAAUGUUUUGACACCUGAAACACUUGUUCUCAGGUUUUCUCAGGUUAAUUCAUCCAACAAACAGCAGCUCUGCUUCCAAGAAACAUUCAUAAAAUCACAAUCUGCCUGUCAGCAUACAUCAUCCAAAGUGCAAGUCUGCUUUUAUGAGUGUUUUUGUGUUUUUUCAAAGAUAACAGCUUUUUUUUAAACUGUAAAACUCCUUUGUGUCUUUCUAUGAGUGUGUGCAUUCAUGCAAGCGUGUUUGUUUUGGGUGAAGCCUUUUCAUACCUAAUGUACAGGCUGAUGAAAUAUGAAG